AUGAAGUUCACCACCCCAUCGAUGGAUCCGCCGAAACACGAAAUGGCCUAUUUUCCUGACAUGACGACCUCGUUACCCAGCGAGUCGGGCGACUUUCGCCGGGUACUGUGGACGGGGUUGUACAGUCAGUUGGUCCUCAUGACGGUACCGGUGGACGGAGAGAUCGGAGACGAGAAACACACCGUCGAUCAGAUCUUGACAUUCACAUCCGGCAAAGGAAAGGCCACCAUCAACGGCGUGGAUCAAGACGUCAAGGCUGGAGAUCUCAUCAUUGUGCCGGCGGGCACGCAGCACCAAUUCAUCAACACCGGUCCGACACCGUUGAUCUUGUACACUGUGUACUCGCCGGCCGAGCACAAGCCGACCACCGUGCACAAGGACAAGGCACAGGGCGACCGCGAGGAGGAAGAGGGGAUCGACGAGCCGCCCGAGUGGAGUCAGAGGAGUAAGAAGGAGAAUGAGGAUUUGGGGUUGGUCGAUCCAGAGGGUCACUGA